UUACCCGACCAUAAGGUCAACACUCACUACAAGCGGGCGCUGGAUAUCGGGGACGCCGUCGCCACCGUUGAGUACGAGUCACACGGAGUUCAAUACAAACGCGAAUACUUCGUGAGUCACGUGUCAAACGUGUUGGUCGGCCGACUGUCCGCCGAUAAGGGGAAGGCAUAUACGGGUCGUAUAGAGCUGCAGGAGUCGCAUAAACAGGCCGUCCAUGCGGUCAACAAUACGCUCGAAGUGAACGGAAAACUCGCGAAUGGGUUGCGGUUUGCGUGGGAGGUGUUGGUCCACAACACGGGCGGGAGUCUCAAAGUGAACGGUGCGGUCAUUGAGUUCAAUGGGUGCGACUCAUUGACGCUUAUAGUGAGCGCCGGCACUGACUAUGUGUUCGACGACUCGAAAAAGUUUAAGUCCGGCGAAGACCCGGCUAUUCAUGUGAAGGAUAGUAUCGCUAAGGCGUCCGUUAAGUCGUACGAUAGCCUACGGGGGGAACACAUAUCCGACUUCCACUCGUUGUUCAAUCGAGUGGACCUGGAUUUGGGACAGUCGUCCGGACAGCAACAGGGGUUACCGACAGUCAGACGUAAGGUGGCGGCCGUCACUCAAUUUGAUCCCGACUUCGAGGAAAUGUUUUUCCAAUUCGGACGGUAUCUCAUGAUAGCCUCGUCACGAUCCAGCCUACCCGCCAACUUACAGGGUAUGUGGACCGACACCAAUAGCCCGCCCUGGCAUGCGGACUAUCACACGGAUAUUAAUAUACAGAUGAACUACUGGCCUGCGGAGGUGACUAACCUUGGUGAAUGUGCAAUGCCUCUAUUCAAUCUGAUUCGUAGUCAACUGAAUAGUUGGCGCAAACAAACACGAAAAUCCGAUGAAUUACUGACACCUCUGGGCAAACACUCGUCCAAAGGUGUGGCUGUUUCCGGUGCGCACAAUAUCUAUGAAGGAAUGGGUGAUAAAAUGGACCAGGAUAAGACAAACUCAGCUUGGUAUGCGCUACACUUUUGGGAACAUUACGCUUUCGGAUUGGAUAAGACAUUCCUGAAGGACAUCGCCUACCCUUACCUCAAAGAGGUGUCUGAGUUUUGGGACGAACAGCUCAAGACUGUGACGAACGGUACUAAAGAACAGAUCGGAAAACUAGUUGUCCCUAAGGGUUGGUCACCAGAACACGGACCCCAUGAGGACGGAUGCAGUUAUAAUCAGGAGAUUGUAUGGGAUUUGUACACAAAUUACGUAAAAGCGGCGGACAUUUUGGAAGUCGACAAAGAGUUCAGAGAUAAGGUGUCCGGUGAGAGGGAUAAGCUGUUAUGGCCAGGGAUUGGAUCUUUUGGACAACUGAUGGAAUGGAAGGAAGAGCAGAAGGGAGAGAAGACUGACCAUCACAGACAUACAUCCCAUUUGUUUGGCGUAUAUCCCGGACAUCAAUUUAAUAUGGAAACUACACCUGCUUUGGCCAAAGCCUCCCUGGUGUCACUUAAGGCCAGAGGUAUCGACCCGUCCAGUGAUGUAAGGGAGUGGUCGUUCGCGUGGCGCUCAGCCACAUACGCCCGGCUCAGGGAUGCCGACAACGCCUAUCACCUAUUCCGUGAGCUGAUGGCAGACCGUAAUACCUGUCCCAAUAUGUUUGGAUUACACCCUCCGAUGCAAAUCGACGGCAACUUCGGUAUCACUGCAGCCGUCGCUGAAUAUGUGGUUCAAAGUCACGCCGAAGUGGUAGAGCUGUUGCCGGCGCUGCCGAAGGACUGGAAGACCGGACACGCGAAGGGUCUGAGAGCCAGAGGCGGACAUCAGUUGGAUAUCUAUUGGGAGAACAAUAGCUUGAAGUCUGUCCUCAUUAACAGUAUUGUUGCAAAUGAUCUUAAAGUGAAAAUAGGAAAUAAUGUCAAAUCAUUUAAGACAACCCCUGAUAAAGCUAUUCAUUUGGAUCACAAUCUGAAUCCAAUUCCUUAG